AUGCAGGUGUUUGCUUUAGUACUUCUCGCGGUAGCUUCAGUAUCCGCAAAAGGUUCUGGACCAUAUCUACCCAGCGGAUGGAGACCUCAGGGACCAGCAUUUUAUUUACCCUCUGAAGCGAAGACUUCAUCAGAAAGCCCUAAAGAGAUUGUUCUAGAAGGCUCCGAGGCAUCAGGAUCUGAUUUCCUUAAAGAGUAUGGACCUCCAGUAGCACAAGAAGUGUCACAAAACCUGAUUAACCAAGGUCUUCCAGACGUUACUAUCGAACAGACCUUUGGUGUUUCACAGUUUGAAAUUAAAAACGAAGCCGCAGUACAACCAGUUAUCUCUGUGACUGAAGCUUUACUAAAACAGUCAUCUGAAGCUGCAACUGAGUCCUUCGCUACAGAAGAGAAAAGCACAGUAUCUGAGCCACUUGCAGAGGUUGAAAAAGCUGUAGAAUCUUCGCAAACCACCGUAUCUGAUGACGUUGAAGCUACUAAGGUUGAGCUUUUACAAUUAGAAAAUGAAGCCAGUUCUGAAGGAUCCACCGAAUCUGUUCAAUUGAAUGAAAAUAGUGAAGCUACCCAAGUUGCGAGUGAAGAAUCUCAAUCUACUCCCUCAGAUGUGGAAGUAUCUCAAGUAACUCUGAUAGUUGAAAAUGUAUCCGAGCAAGUAUCUCAAGAGUCCGCCAAUCAAGAAGCCACAGCACAACAGGAACAACAGCAAGUCAGUCAGACAGAAUCUACUGAACAGUCAGAAGUUUCUCUAUCAGGAUCACAAUUAGAGAGUGGUGUCAGCUUAGUACAGGUUCAAAACAUUCCUGAUAUUAUCGCUAGCUUAGAAAAAGAAGCAAAAGUACAAGAGAUAAGCAAACUAUUUUUAUAUAGAUCUCUUGAACAAGCACCAGAGGGUUUCCUUGAAUACGGACCACCUGGCUUCGCUGAGUACGGCCCACCUAAAGGCGAUUUGAAUCAGGAGGAGAAACAAGCAAACCAAUCCUUUGAAUACAACGAGACUAGAAGACGUCGUUUCUCACCUAAAUUCAGGCACUCCAAGAAGCAG